UCAUGGAGAUCAGUAAAGAUAUUAUAAACCCAGAAGAACUUUGGAAAAUGAAGCCUCAGGGGAACCUAGAAGAUGACAGUUACUCAUGAUAAUACCUGGCUGAAGGAGGUGGCCCUGGACAACACACUUAGUUUGGAAAGAACUGGCAUGAUUUUUCCACUCUGACAUUUGAGAGGAGAACCCUAGAAUCUUCUGUGAUGUCACCAGUGUUGUGGUGACACCAACUGCCUGUGGAGUAUUCCUUCAGAGCUGCUGGGUUCACAAGCAGUCAUGUUGUCCAUGCUGCGCAGGAUAUUUCGGAGGGACAAUAGAAUACAACCAGAGACCAGACCUAGGCAGAAGACAUUUCAUAAACCAGGAAGAAGGACAUGGCCCUGGGGAAGGCACAGGUCUGUUGGGAAAGAAUCAUCCCAAGCCUACACCAUGAGUGAGCAGGAGCAGAGAAUGAAGAGGUUGGAGAAACUCAAAAGGGAUCUUGAGAUGAUGAACAAGGAGAGAGAUGAACUCCUGGGAAUCUUGGCACAUUAUACUAACAGGGAUUUGAAUGACAGGACCAACUUUGAGAACAUGAUACUUGAGAUGCAACACGACCAGGUAAUGACCGAUCUCAAGAAAAUUCCUCAGGAGAUCAGUGAGGCCUUGUACAAGUGCAAGGAGCUGACUAAAGAAAAUCAACUUUACUGCAACAGGAACUGUCAGCUCCUGACAGAGUCUCUUCAUAUAAAGAAUCAAGUAAAAAUUCUGUGGAACGAGAACAGGCAGCUGCUAAGGGAGCAGAUUGCACUGGAAGAGUGUACUAAGAAAACAAAGAGGCUAUGUGUGGAGGCCAACUUGAAGAUAUACGACAAGUAUACCAAACAGCAGCAGCAGCAG